AGGCCCGGGGAGGGCCGCGGGCCGCAGUUGCCGCCGCCGUCCCCAGAGCCAGCUCCCAGAGCGCAGAGCCGCGCCCGCCAUGAGGGAGAUCGUGCACAUCCAGGCGGGCCAGUGUGGGAACCAGAUUGGCACCAAGUUUUGGGAAGUGAUUAGCGACGAGCAUGGCAUCGACCCGGCCGGAGGCUACGUGGGAGACUCGGCGCUGCAGCUGGAGAGGAUCAACGUCUACUACAAUGAGUCAUCCUCUCAGAAAUAUGUGCCCAGGGCUGCCCUGGUGGACUUGGAGCCGGGCACCAUGGACAGUGUGCGCUCUGGGCCUUUUGGGCAGCUCUUCCGGCCUGAUAACUUCAUCUUUGGGCAGACGGGCGCCGGCAACAACUGGGCCAAGGGCCACUACACGGAGGGCGCGGAGCUGGUGGACUCGGUGCUGGACGUGGUGCGCAAGGAGUGUGAGCACUGCGACUGCCUGCAGGGCUUCCAGCUGACGCACUCGCUGGGCGGCGGCACGGGCUCGGGCAUGGGCACCCUGCUCAUCAGCAAGAUCCGCGAGGAGUACCCCGACCGCAUCAUGAACACCUUCAGCGUCAUGCCCUCGCCCAAGGUGUCGGACACCGUGGUGGAGCCCUACAACGCCACGCUGUCCGUGCACCAGCUGGUGGAGAACACGGACGAGACCUACUGCAUCGACAACGAGGCCCUGUACGACAUCUGCUUCCGCACGCUCAAGCUCACCACGCCCACCUACGGCGACCUCAACCACCUGGUGUCGGCCACCAUGAGCGGCGUGACCACGUCGCUGCGCUUCCCGGGCCAGCUCAACGCCGACCUGCGCAAGCUGGCCGUGAACAUGGUGCCCUUCCCGCGCCUGCACUUCUUCAUGCCGGGCUUCGCACCCCUCACCAGCCGCGGCAGCCAGCAGUACCGGGCCCUCACCGUGCCCGAGCUCACCCAGCAGAUGUUCGACGCCAGGAACAUGAUGGCCGCGUGCGACCCGCGCCACGGCCGCUACCUGACCGUGGCCACCGUCUUCCGCGGGCGCAUGUCCAUGAAGGAGGUGGACGAGCAGAUGCUGGCCAUCCAGAACAAGAACAGCAGCUACUUCGUGGAGUGGAUCCCCAACAACGUCAAGGUGGCCGUGUGCGACAUCCCGCCGCGCGGCCUCAAGAUGGCCUCCACCUUCAUCGGCAACAGCACGGCCAUCCAGGAGCUGUUCAAGCGCAUCUCCGAGCAGUUCUCCGCCAUGUUCCGGCGCAAAGCCUUCCUGCACUGGUUCACGGGCGAGGGCAUGGACGAGAUGGAGUUCACCGAGGCCGAGAGCAACAUGAACGACCUGGUGUCCGAGUACCAGCAGUACCAGGACGCCACGGCCAACGACGGCGAGGAGGCCUUCGAGGACGACGAGGAAGAGAUCAACGAGUAGGGCAGCUGCGCCCCGGGCCCGGCAGUGCAGGCCGCUUUGGUCAACCCCAGGCAGCCUGCGCUGCGGCUGCCCCGUGGUGCACUGAUCUUGGGGUGUUGGUGUGGGCCCCUUGCAGCAGCAGCAAAGCCGUAUUCCCAGCCACCUGGAAUAAGGAAACCUACUUGACCACGGCAGGUAACUGGCUGUCCAACCCAGUCAUGUUUGGUGCUGGACGACUUGAAAAAACAAACCAGGGGGCCACGAAGAGCUAAUGAGAGAAGUGUCACCUUCCACUGGGUGUCCAGCCACCUCUGAGAAUCAGCAGGGGAGUUAGAAACAGUAUUUUUUUUUUUCAUCCUUUGUGAUGAAAACUGAAGCUGUGCAGUGUUGCCUUAUUUGAGUAUGCAAUAUGGAACUUUGAAACAAUCCAUUCAUAAUAAAAUGCUCAACUUGUGCCUUGGUCCUUUCCAGCCUCCUGCUUCCU